AUGAAUGAUGGGGAUAAUAGCAAGACGAUUUAGAAAAAAUUAAAUCCAGGAACGGUUAUUGCAGGCAAAUAUAAAUUGUUGGAGAAAAUUGGAGCAGGAUCUUUUGGGAUGGUCUUUAAAACAUAAAACUUAAAAAAUGGGGAAUUGAUUGCAACUAAGUUUGAGAAAAGGGAUGAGAGUCAAAAAGGUGUAAGUUUACUCAUUAGAGAAAUCAAAGUAUUAUAAGAUGUAAAAGGAUUAAAGGGUAUUGCUUUUGAAAUUAUGAAGGCUUUCCAUAAUUAAAAUUCUAUGGCAGAGACGACCAUUACAACUUCUUUAUGGAAUCUUAUUUAGGAAUGAACCUAGAAUAACUAAUGAGAAAAUGCGGUGGAAAAUUUAGCCAAAAUACUGUGUUGAAGAUUGGCCUCCAAUUGUUAGAAAGAGUUUAGGGUAUUAAAUAAAAAAACAAUAGCAUUUCAUGAAAAAAACCUAAUUCAUAGAGAUAUCAAACCAGAAAAUUUCACAAUUGGACGGCAAGAUUGUUGUCAAAUUUACGUUAUUGAUUUCGGAUUAUCCAAGUAUUAUCGAGAUAGUCAUGGGAAGCACAUUCCAUUUGUCAGCAACAAAGGAUUGAUUGGUACAGCUAGAUAUGCUAGUGUGAAUGCUUUAAUAGGUUAUAGAUACAAUAGAUAUAGCUAUUAGGAAAUGAGUAAUCCAGAAGAGAUGAUAUUGAAUCAUUGGUGUAUGUGCUCAUCUAUUUCUAUCUGGGAGAAUUGCCUUGGUAAAAUAUACAGGUGGUAAACAAAGAAGAUAAAUAUAAGAAAAUAUUAUAAAUGAAAUAGAACAAUUCUUUGGAUAAAUUAAUUGACUUGUUGCCUAAAGUAUCCAUCAUAUAAUUUAUUAAGUCCCUAGUAAAAAUGCUAAAAAUAUCAAAAUCAUACGAAUUCCAGUAGACUCCAGAUUAUGUAGGCUUAAAAAAACUUUUAUAAGAUGAUUUAACUACUGAUACUAAAUUUGAUUGGGAGAAAAUUUAAGGACUCUUUUCAGAUAAAGACAGUUUGAGUGUAUCUAUUGAUGUCUAAUCAAACUCAAAUUAAUUUGAUGAUUUAAUUGAUAUAUAACCGGGUUUGCAGAAUUCAAUGUGUAAAGUGCCAUAAUAAGAAACAAAAUUUAUAAAUGGUAGAUUAGAUAAUAGUCGGAAGAACAUUAUUUAUCUAGAAGUUCCAAAGAGAAACUCUAUAAUAAUUGAGGGAGCUUCUAGUCCAGUUGGAACAAUAGCUUCUUUCAAUACUUCAAAAAUGAAUCACUACGAGGGGUCAAACAGAAAUCUUGCUUCUUACAAAUAAUUUAUUGAUGUUUAAGUCUAAUCUUUAGAAAAUGAAUAUGAUGAUGAUUUUAUACCAAAUUAAGAUGAUUAGCCUUGUCUAUUUGUUAGAAAUUUGGUAAUAGGCUCUAAGGUCCAUCAUUGAUUUUUGUUAAUUGAUU